UUAUUUUACAGUUACAAUUUUUUUGACAACAACUCAUUUUCUUGCAUUGUCAAAAUUAUAAGCCUAUAAAUACGUUUCAUAAUGGACAAUAUCUUCUACAAAGACGCCGCUCGAUAUUGGGCUAAUGUGCCGUCCACAAUAGACGGAGUUCUCGGAGGUUUUGGGCAUAUUGCGGACAUUGACAUCGCGGGAUCCAAACAAUUUCUAGACCAUCUAUUAUCAAUUGAUACACCUCCAGCAACCAAACGAGCAUUAGACUGUGGAGCCGGUAUUGGCAGAGUUAGUAAAAACCUUUUAAUACCUUAUUUCGACAAGGUUGAUUUGGUUGAGCAGGAUGAGAAGUUCAUCAACACGGCUAAACAAACAAUAGGAGAUGAUAUCAAAUUAGGUAUAUUGCAUCAUGUGGGUUUACAAAAUUUUAAGCCACAAGAAAAAUAUGACGUGAUAUGGUGCCAAUGGGUACUGGGUCACUUAAAUGAUUAUGAUUUAAUUGGAUUCUUAGAAAGAUGCCGACAGACUCUUGCAGAAAACGGCUUGGUUGUAAUUAAAGAGAACAUAACAACAUCAGACGAUUUAGAGUAUGAUGAUGUAGAUUCGUCGGUCACGCGCCCGAUAAAAUUGAUGCUCAAAAUAUUCGAGGAAGCUAAUUUAGAAAUAUUAAGAACUGAGAUACAAACUGGUUUUCCAGAUGAUAUCUAUCCAGUUCACAUGUUUGCUUUAAAGCCAUCGUAAAAUUUAUUGUUAUGAAAUCUUUGAUUAUACUAUAUAAAUGUAUUACAAAUAAAUGCCAAUUACAUGUUCAAUUAAGGAAAGUUGUUCUUUUCGUCUUGCAAAUUUGCAUUUACGUCGUACGGUAUGUCACGUUUCAGAUGCUUGAGAUUUCUGCGUACCAAAGGUAACGGAUAACUGCGAAAAUAUACAUCAUAUUCAUAAUGAAAAAGGCUUAUCUAUGAUGAAGUGUCGAAUCGUGGGUUGGGUUCGUGAUUAUGAGGU